UAGUAGUAUCUCCGCCUGCCGCGCCGCGCCGCGCAUUGCUUCAGCUCGCAUUUUGUGUCACGGUGCCACCGGGCGAGAAGCGACACACUGCUGCUGCUGCUGCUGCUGCGCGUCAGGGGGGGAUAUACCCGUCACCAUCCUUUACGGUCAAAGCGACAUCCCUCCGUGGGCAAUGACAUUUGCAAAUUGAAGUGGGAAUACAAGAUCACAACAGCAAAAUGACGGUGGACUUUGAAGAAUGUAUAAAAGAUUCGCCCAGAUUCAGGGCCGGAAUUGAUGAUGUGGAGACAGACGUGGUGGAAAUCGAGGCAAAGCUUGACAAGCUGGUGAAGCUGUGCAGCGGGAUGAUCGAGGCCGGCAGGGUUUAUGUCAGCGCCAAUAAACUUUUUGUGAAUGGCAUCAGAGAUCUGUCCCACCAGUGCAAGAAGGAGGAGAUGAUAUCGGAAUGCCUUGAAAAGUGUGGAGAAAGCCUCCAGGAGAUUGUCAACUAUCAAACGAUUUUGUUUGACCAGGCUCAGAGGUCGAUCAAACAGCAGCUUCAUACCUUCAUUAAGGAGGACAUCCGUAAGUUCAAGGACACCAAGAAGCAGUUUGACCGCGUGCGCGAGGACAUGGAGCUGGCUCAAGUGAAGAACGCUCAGGCACCGAGGAAUAAGGUGCACGAAGCAGAGGAGGCCACACAGGCGCUCAUCCUCAGCCGCAAAGCCUUCAGGCACCUUGCCCUGGACUAUGUGCUGCAGAUUAAUGUCCUUCAAGCUAAGAAGAAGUUUGAAAUCCUUGAUGCAAUGCUGUCCUUCAUGCGAGCCCAGUAUACUUUGUUCAGGCAAGGCUUCAACAUUUUAGAUGAGAUUGACCCCUACAUGAAAAAGCUGGCUGCACAGUUGGACCAGCUGGUGAUCGACUCUGCCAUGGAGAAGAGGGAGCUGGAGCACAAACAUGCUCUCAUCCAGCAGAGGACUCUGAUGCAGGAUUUUUCCUACGAUGAUCCCAAGCUUGAAUUCAAUGUGGACGCACCCAAUGGGGUCGUCAUGGAGGGCUAUCUGUUCAAGAGAGCCAGCAAUGCUUUCAAAACUUGGAACAGACGGUGGUUUUCAAUCCAAAACAGCCAGCUGGUCUACCAAAAAAAACUCAAGGAUUCUCUGACGGUGGUGGUUGAGGAUCUGAGGCUGUGCUCAGUCAAACCAUGUGACGAUAAUGAGAGGAGAUUCUGCUUUGAGGUGGUUUCGCCCACAAAGAGCUGCAUGAUGCAAGCAGAGUCUGAGAAGCUGCGGCAGGCUUGGAUCCAGGCGGUCCAGGCAAGCAUCGCUUCUGCUUACAAAGAUAUCGGCGACAACUAUUACAUUGAGCGUUUGGACAGGACGGCUUCACCGUCCACCAGCAGCAUCGACUCUGCCAGCGAGCCCCGAGACAGGGGGGAGAGGGCGGACAAGGCGUGCCGGGGCGGCGGAGAGUCUCUCCUGCAGCGGGUGCAGAGCCUGCCGGGCAACGAGCUGUGCAGCGACUGCGGCCAGGCGGCUCCAUGCUGGGCUUCAAUCAACCUGGGCGUGCUGCUUUGCAUCGAGUGCUCGGGGAUCCACAGGAGUUUAGGCGUCCAUUUCUCUAAAGUGCGCUCGCUGACGUUGGACUCGUGGGAGCCAGAAUUACUCAAGCUCAUGUGUGAGUUGGGAAACACUGUGAUCAACAACAUUUACGAGGGAGCCUGCGAGGGACUGGGAGUUAAGAAACCGGGACCGUCUAGCUCGAGGCAGGAGAAAGAGGCCUGGAUCAAGUUUAAAUAUGUUGAGAAACGCUUCCUGAAGAAGCUGAGUGGGAGUGAGGCACUGGUGGAGGGCGAGAGGAAGUCCCGCCCCUGCAUGGUGAAGAAAUGCCAGCGGCACAGCAGCUCUGUGCGGGCCCCCAACAAGGCGCGCAGGAAGUACCACCGCUACGAGCCUGGCAGCGCCUCACCCGCCAACCUCACAGCAGCCGCUGCAGCAAAAUUUCGACGGGACUCCUUGUUCUGCCCAGACGAGCUGGACUCACUGUUUUCCUACUUUGACACCGGCUCUGGUCCUCGCAGUCUCAGCAGCGACAGCGGCCUGGGAGGAAGCACAGACGGCAGCACCGACAUCCUUGUGUUUGGCAGUGUGACGGAGGAAGAAGAGGAGUCGGAGGAGUCCUCCAGUGGGGAAGUGGAGAUCGAACAGGAGGGGUCUUCGGAUCCCGAGGAUCCCAGGGAGUUGCAUCCUGGGGCGAUGCUCUAUCGCUCCUCUCGUCUCCACAAUUUGCCCCUCAUGGCAGAGGCACUGGCGCACGGUGCUGAUGUGCACGCUACCAACGAAGAAGAGGAGGGAAAAACGGCUCUCAUACAGGCUGUGGUCGGGGGAUCUUUGAUCGCUUGUGAGUUCUUGCUACAGAACGGAGCUGAUGUGAACCAGAGAGACAUGAGAGGCCGGGGCCCGCUUCACCACGCUACCUACAUGGGCCACACCGGACAGGUGUGUUUGUUUCUGAAGAGAGGAGCAUCGCAGACGGAAGUGGACGAGCAGGGUAAUGACCCCCUCAGCAUCGCUGUUCAGGCUGCCAACGCAGACAUCGUCACGCUGUUGCGACUGGCGCGGAUGAACGAGGAGAUGCGCGAGGCGGAGGCUCCACUGGGUCAACCAGGUCAAUAUCCAAGCAGCAGCCCCACUGAGCAGCAGUAUAGGAAGUGCAUCCAGGAAUUCAUCUGCCUCAACAUAGACGAGAGCUAGUGGUCCAUUCCUUAACCGGGAGCAUAAACUCUUUUUUUUUCAUCCAGACUGAGAGCCGAUGGGGUUGAAGUUGCCCCUAGACAUUGAUCUCAAGUCAACUGUAGAUCUAGAUCUUACAGGCAACUUCUUGCCAACAGGGUGACUGAGUGGGCGAGACCCCUGAUGGAGCUGUCUAACUCUACUGACUAUAUAGUCACCUUCUCCAUUUUCCUGCAUCACUGCUAAGUCUCUGCCUGUUACUUCUUGGCACCACUCAUGCUGUUGCUGACUACAUUACAUACACUUAAACUAACUUCUGCUUUUUGGCGUUGUACUAACAGGGUUAAUCUUCUAAGUUCACCGAACGCUGCGCGCUUUGAGUUGAUUUCUGGCCCUCACCUCUUGGGGAUCUAGCUGCAUUAAUCUUCCACAUUCUCUAUCUAUACAGACCAUCUGCGUGACAUCCCAUUCGCCCAUCUCUUCUUUAACAGAGAUGUGACUAUAAUCGUAUUUAGAGGACUAGAAACUGUGUACUGUAGCAUGAGGUUACAAAUGGUAUCUGUUCAGCUACUAAAAAAAGAAAAAUAACAACUGAGAAGCUACAUCGGAGGUGCCAGGGUAGUUUACUGUGACAAAAAAAAAGAUACUGAAGAGCUUGUGGAGAAGAGUCCUUGGUCUGCUGUGUAAGAUACGAUGUGAUAUGAAGAGUGAGUGAACAGGAGAGCAAGAGUUAAAUGUGUUUUUUUUAUAUAUAUAUAUAUUAAAAGAAAAAAAAUAAACUGUGCACUUUUCCAAUAAUAAAGUAUUAUUAAUUUUUGUUUGUUUUACAUUGUUCAUGUCUAGAUUAUGUCUAUGUGAGUGGGUUUUUUUUUUUAUCAUACCAGAGAACCAGUGCAAUUUAUCCUGGAAUGCAGUUCCUGUCUGCAUAUAUAUAAUGAUUGUCAUUUUAAUCCCAAAGCUCCGAACUUAUGGGAGAAGAUAGGGAAUAGCCUUAAUUUGCAGUUAAUAAACUCACUGAUAUCUCGGACACGAUGCUUUUUGCUAAAUUGCACAAGCUUUUGAAUUGAAAUUCUGUUUAACUGAGUAAACUAUAAAACUGCAGCCAUUAAUUUGCUGACUUGUAAAGUACAUGAGCCAACAAACCAGAGCAGGAAGCUUACAGUGCACUUGCACAGCGCCAUGCAAAAGUAGUUAUACUCCUCGACCUCUUUAUUGCGUUGUGACGCUACGACAACGAACAUCAAACUACUUAAUUGGGAUUUUAUGUGAUAGACCAAAACAUCUUGCAUGUUUGGAAAGGGAAGGAAAAUGUCACAUCAAGUGUUUUUUUGUUGUUGUUGUUUUUUGUUACAAAUAAAAAUAUUGAAGAUGUGGCAUGCAGUUGUAUUCAGCUCUAACUCAAUACUUUGCAAAACUAACUUUCGCUGCAGUUACAUCUUCGGUUUUAUGUUGUUACCAACUUUCCAAAACAGCUCAAACUUAGUCUGUGAACAUCAGUUUUCAAGUCUUACUGUAGAUUGCCCAAUCAGAUAUGACCUUUGACAUGGCCAUUCUAACUCAUGAAUAUACGUUUUUCAAACCUCCACAUUGUAGCUCUGGCUACAUGUUUAAGGAAGAUGAACGUCCUCCAGUUUUAACUCUUUACGGCCUGUAACAUUUUUUUUCUUCCAAGUUCACCCUGUAUUUAGCUCCUUCUAUCUUCCCAUUGACUCUGACUAGCUUCCAUGUCCCUGCUGAAAAAACAUAUGCCCACAGCAUGAUGCUGCCAUCACCAUGCAGUAGAAUUGGUGCAUUUAGGGUGGUUUUUAGUGUUUGGCGCUGUGUGUAGGGGUCUAAUUUGGUCUCUAGUUUGCACAAUCUUCCAUAUACAGUAUGGUGUGUGGGGAAACUGAAGUUAGGGCUUUGUUUGGCUAGGGAUUCCUUUGUGGCAUUUUUCAAGAUUUGUAGAGUGGACAAGUUACAUCUCAGAUUCUGCGACUAGAGCUGUGGAGCUCUUUCAAAGAACAGCUUAGUAUUUAGACUAAGCUGGAAUAAAGAACUUACUGGUGUAUUUACAGCACAAAUUAGGUGACUUCUGAAGAAAAUAGGUUUCUUGGAUUUCAUUCAAUGGGGCUGAAUACAAAUGUACCCCAUUCUUUUCUGAUUUUUAUUUGUGAGAAAAAAGUUUCAAUCGUUCUUUUCCAUCCAAUUCCCAGACACAUGCCGCCUUGCGUUGGUUUGUCUCAAACAAUGGAAGGUUUUAACGUGUAUAAAUACUGUUGCAAAGCACUGUACCUUCACUUCCAUUUCCAUUUCACCUUCUUCUGUUUAAUACCAUGUAUUGAAGACGAGUGACUUGAGAGACUGUAUAUGAAAAGACCUCCAACUUCCUGUAAAUACUCAUGUAUAUUAACCUAUGUGAGGGGAUAACAGAGCACCUUGUGUGGUCAAAGGAUCUCUGUGUGUCUGGCUUCCCUUCCAGGUCAGUACUUAUGAUAUUCUAUGUAUGCUUUUGCCAGAAUUACUAUUUGGGGGAGCUCAGCAUCGUUUGCAUUCUAAUGCAUGAUGAACAAAUUUUCUUUUGAUAAUUUGAUGACUUUGUACGGUGCAGUCCUGUGGAAUGAGCAUGUACCACCGUGAGAGCCCACUGGUCUUUGGUGUCCUUUCUGCACAUCUGUGCCAUUCCUCCAUCCACAGCUUUGAGGCUGUGGCCUCUGUAUCUCUGUAUCUCUGUAUCACAGUUGUUUCUUUCUCCAUUUUCUACAGCUGUGCUUUUAUUUUCCUCUGCCAAAGACUUUUAUAAAGGGAACGUGUAGAUACAGAGUAGUCCUGCCUUGCUCUGUGAAGCAGCAGAGAGGUAGAAAACACUGUCCGUGUCCUCUGAACGAGGUUCCGGAGAAGUCCUGAUAGAUGCAAUAGUUGAGUGUACUUUGAGUAGAACCAGGCUUAAUGGGCGAUGUGAACCUACUGUGACCAAACUGUCAAGGGCCGCCGCCGCCUUCAAGGAAGUAUUAAAUGUUUUAUGUAUAUUUGUGUGUAUUUACUUAAGAGUGGUUCAAGGUACUGUCGAAAGGAAAUGUACUGUAAAUAGUUUGGGUGUGUAUUUUAUCUUGAUGCCAGCUGGCUGCCUCUCAGCAUUCUAACACAGAAUCUGAUUAACUGAUGAUGUUUUAUGUUUGUCUUUGUAUUGUGUGAAAAAAAAAAACAAUGACACGUGUCAGACGGAAAUCACUUCUAAAGUACUUGGAGGCAUUCUUCUGAUUCCUUACAUUUGAAUAUUUUAGGAAUACUUCUUGUCUUUAGAAGCACUAAGGGGAAAAAAACAAUGCAAAUAAACCUGAAAUUCCUGAGAAACUAA